AUGAAAACGACGUUAGUAGCGCUGCUGUUGCUGGCUCUGUUUGUGGCCAGCUGCGAGGCGGUGACGCGAGGAGCGUUCAAGACGUGCGACCAAAACUCGUUCUGCAAGCGAAACCGACACUAUGCCGACCAGGUGGCCCAUCUCCAGAGCUUCUCCAACCCCUACGAGGUCACCAAGGUGUCAAUUGGCAAGGGCGAGGCGUCUGUGUCGAUCGUCAAGUCCGUGCCCAAGGCCAAGUCCGUGCCCCUGUCUCUCAAGCUGUCUGUGCUGGCGUCUGGAGGCGUGCGAGUGACUCUGGAUGAGCCCAACCGGGCCAAGAUCAACAACGUGGUCUCCAGCAAACGAUACGACGCCUCCCACUGGGCCUUCAAUGGCGAGCCCGCCAUCGACACCAGCGCCCAGAUUACCGACUACGAACACACCAUCGAGGCUAUCUACGGCGACAAGACCAAGGCCGUGCUCAACAAAAAGACCCUGCAGCUGGAUGUCUACAGAAACGACAAACUGGAGGUGUCUGUCAACAAGCGACAUUUGCUAAACAUGGAACAUCUUCGAUCCGAGUCCGACAACGACAAGCAUCUCAGCUCGUAUGAAAUCGCCGACGGCAUGUUUAAGGAGGAGUUUGGAGGCCAUCCCGACUCCAAACCCAAGGGACCCGAGUCUGUGGCCCUUGAUUUCGAGUUCCCCGGCUACAACCACGUGUACGGAAUCCCCGAGCAUGCCGACCGGCUGUCUCUGCGGUCUACUCGAGGCCGGAGCGAGGGUGACCAUACCGAGCCCUACCGACUCUACAAUGUUGAUAUUCUAGAAUACGAGACCGACUCACCCAUGCCCAUGUACGGAGCUAUUCCUUUUCUGCAGGCCCGGAAACCGGGCUCUUCCGCUGGUGUUUUUUGGGUCAAUGCUGCUGACACAUACAUUGACAUUCAGAAGGAGGCUUCUCACACAGACACCCACUGGAUCUCCGAGUCCGGCACUCUUGAUUUUAUUGUGUUUGUUGGCAAGACCCCCGAAGACAUUGUUACUCAGUACGGCAGCAUCACUGGCUUCACCACCCUUCCCCCCAUUUCUGCUACUGCCUACCACCAGUGCCGAUGGAACUACAACACCCAGGACGACGUUCUGGAGGUGCACGCCAACUUUGACAAGUACGACAUUCCCUACGACACCAUUUGGCUAGAUGUGGAGUACACCCAGGCCAAAAAGUACUUCACCUGGAACAGAGAUGUGUUCCCCGACCCUGGAUACAUGCUUGGCCAGCUUGACAAGACCUGUCGAAAGUUGACUGUCAUCAUUGACCCCCACAUCAAGCUCGAGGAGGGUUACAAGGUCUACGACGCACUCAAACAGAAGGGUUUGUACGUGAAAUCCAACUCUGGAGACGCCUAUGAGGGAGACUGCUGGCCCGGCAAGUCUGUGUGGAUCGACACUACGAACCCCGCUGCUGCCGAGUUCUGGAAGUCGAUGCACGCCAAGGAGCCCCAGGGAAUUGCUGCCGAGGCCGACAAUAUGUUCUUCUGGAACGAUAUGAACGAGCCCUCAGUUUUCAACGGUCCUGAGACCUCCAUUCUGCGAGAUACUGUCCAUUACGGUGGCUACGAGAACCGAGACGUGCACAACGCCUUUGGUAUGUCAAUGAUCAACGCCACCUUCGCUGCUCUGACUGCUCGAAACCCCGCCGUUCGGCCUUUCAUUCUCACCCGGUCUUUCUUCUCUGGAACCCAGCGAACUGCCGCUAUGUGGACUGGUGACAACGAGGCUUCGUGGGAAUACCUUCAGAUUGCCACCCCCAUGGUUCUCACGCAAAACGUAGCUGGUAUGCCUUUUGCUGGAGCUGAUGUUGGUGGUUUCUUUGGUAACCCUGCUCCUGAGCUUCUUACUCGAUGGUACCAAGCCGGACUCUUCUACCCCUUUUUCCGAGCCCAUGCCCACAUUGAUACCAAGCGGCGAGAGCCCUGGCUGGCAGAAGAGGAGCACAUUGAUUAUCUUCGAAACGCCAUCCGUCUGCGGUAUCAGUUGCUGCCCUCUAUCUACACUGCGUUCCGACAAGCGUCCGUUUCUGGAGCUCCCAUUCUCAAGCCUCUCUUCUACGUGGCCCCUAACAACCCCGACGCCUAUGCCCGUGACGACUCUUUCUUUGUUGGAAACACUGGUCUUCUUGUGCACCCUGUUGUUCAUGAGGGCGCUACUUCUGUCAACAUGUUCAUUCCCGAUGAGGAGGUGUACUACGACUUCCACUCGUCUCAGCUAGUACAUAAGAAGAAUGACAAGGGUUUCGAGCUCGAGUACAAGGCCAACAUUGACACUAUUCCAAUUCUGCAGCGAGGAGGCCACAUUUACGCUCGACGAGACCGAAUCCGACGGUCUUCCGAGCUCAUGCUCAUGGAUCCCGUGACAUUGGUGGUGAACGCCAACUCAAUGUGGGAUGCUGAGGGAGAGCUGUACCUCGAUGAUGGAAAGGGAUACGGCUACAAGAACGGCGACUUCAUCCACAUGAAGUUCAACUUUGACGGCCAGGUGCUAAAGGCCUCGUCUCUCAACCCCGACCCCAAGUCCUUUGAUUUUGUGCACAAGGCCAUUGAUAUCCCCAUUGAGAAGAUCAUUGUCAACUCGCCGGAGAUGCUCACGGUUGGAUGCACCGUACGACAGGCAGGGCGGGACUGGAACCCCAAGUACGAGACCAAGCAGAUUGGUGCUACUCACCAGACCAUUAUUCAUAACCCAGGUCUGGCUGUUGGUCUCCCUUGGGCCAUGUCCUUCUCUUAA